UGCAGAGGCCUACUUUAAUUACCUCAACAAAAGGCCCAUUUGUUCCAAAGCCCCCUGUUUGAUUUUUUUUAACUUUUCUCACCCAAAAACCAAAACCAUGCUUAUGGUACACUCCUCUUGCCCGCCAUUUCUUCAGAACCCCAAACUGCUUCCCUCCUUUUCUAUAUGGUUGAAGCCGUUUUCGACCAUUAGAGUUGGAGAUUGGAGCUACUCUCAGCGUAGGAUUUCUCUAUGUUUAACCAAAGCCACUCCAGAAGAAAACUUUAAGACCCUCAGUUUAGAGGGGGUGAACCAAGGAGACGAUGAUGAAUAUGAUGGUGAAGAUGGAUUUUUCCCAGCAGGGUUCAGAGGGAAAGACGACGGGAAGGAUUAUGAUAGGGACCCCGAAUUUGCUGAAAUUCUGGGUAGUUGUCUUGACGACCCAGAAAAGGCUCGGUCCAAAAUGGAAGAGAGGUUAAGGAAGAAAAGAAACAAGAUAUUGCACACUAAGACUGGUUCAGCCACACCCAUGAAAGUGACAUUCAACAAAUUUGAUUUCUCAAACUCAUAUAUUUGGUUCGAAUUCUACAAUACUCCAUUGGCCAAAGAUAUUUCCUUAAUCUGUGAUGCAAUUCGGUCAUGGCACAUCGUUGGACGUCUCGGUGGAUGCAAUUCCAUGAAUAUGCAAUUGUCACAAUCUCAUCUGGAUAAAAGACCAAGUUAUGAUGCUAUUCAGGGAGCAAAUGUGACACCAGCUACAUUUUACAAUAUUGGGGAUCUUGAAAUUCAAGACAACUUGGCACGGAUUUGGGUAGACAUUGGGACAAGCGAACCCUUGCUUCUGGACGUGUUGAUAAAUGCAUUAACUCAGAUAAGUUCCGAUUAUGUAGGAAUCAAACAAGUGGUGUUUGGUGGUUCUGAAUUUGAGAAUUGGAAGGAGAAUUGGACAUCAGAGAAUGCAGGUUGCAGUAUACACAAAAUUUAGACCAUUUCUGAGCUUUAACUACUGAACAUUAUGGAUUUGAAGCCGGGUACAAAGCAAUAGUUGAUGGUGGUGGAGCCAAAGCUUUAAUUUAGUAAUGCUGGUUUAAAAGCACACGUAUGUGGCAUGGACUAGUUGCUCAAGAUGUUUAUUUCUACCAAAAAAAAGAUGAAUAUGUUACAAUGACAGCUUAUUAUGCAAAUUCAGGCUAAUAUGCUCCACAUGUUAUUGAACUCUCAUUACUAAAUGGGAAUUUUUUUCUUUGGACAACAUUACCAGAUGGGAAUUGCUGUUCCAAGAAAUAAACAAUUGUUCUGUUUUAUUGUUUUGUCAA